AUGGAUCAAGUGAUGCAAUGGCGUGACGAUCUGUGUCCAGGUGCCUUCGCCUAUUAUUACAAGAAGCAUUUUGCGCGCCGUGAUCAGGCUUCUCCUGCUGGAGGAUGCUUCAUGGACGCGUUCCGCGCGGCACUUUAUCACCUUGGUGAUACUGGUCUUGCAUCCACGGCCACUGCGCUAUGGGUGGAUUUCGUGCGUGAUCACCCAAGCACUGUCGAUGGAGUUUCUCGUGCGGAAGCUACGGAAUUCUUUCGCGUUCUUCAGCGCAACGAUUUUCCGUUGGAUUACGAUCUUCUCUUCCAGAGUCCACUUGAUGCUUCGUACACGAAUGUGGAACGGGUCCAGACGUUUGUCCAAACACUGCGUGAAGGAUUGUAUCUCACGAGUAUUGGUGAUGGUCUCGUUGGACACUGCGUUACUGUUCUCGCGAAGGGUCCAGACACUGCUGUUUCCGUACUGGAUGGCGUUGAGCUGCCGGUGACCCCGGAACCUUUGACCAACUUGGCGUAUCUCGACAAGGUCAAAUGGAUGGGAUUGAUGAAGCUGAAUCCAGGGUAUCGUUGCCGCCGCGGGAAACGAAAGUCCAGGUCAAAUCGAAAGAAAGCUCGCCGCGAGAAGAAGCAGCAGAAGUUGUAG